AUGGCGUCCGCGGAUUCCCUGCCUGCGGCGGUUGAGUCGCUCUCUCUCCAGACUACCUCCGAGACGUCCAAAUUUCCCAACUGCUACCCGUCUCUGAACCCCGUCGAUGUUUACCGUGAGCACAUUGCAGAGCAGUUGGCUCCUGUCGCGGGCGUUGACGCCGAGAAGAUCUAUACCCGUCUCCAAUGGACGAACACUCUGGAUAAGGGUGAUCUGGUUCUGCCGGUCCCUUCGCUGCAAAUCAAGGGGAAGAAGCCCAAUGACCUUUGCCAGGAACUCGCCGAAAAAUUUCCCGAAUCUGACCUCGUCCUCCCUCCCGUCGCGUUCGGCCCGCACCUCCAAUUCUUCUUCAGGACGGACCGACUUACAAAGACUGUCAUUGGACAGAUUCUGAAAUCUAAGGAGGCCUUUGGUUCCAAUGGAAACCAGGGACUUGUCGACCCCAAGGACCCCUCCAAGGGCCGGAAAAAGAUCAUCGUCGAGUUCUCGUCGCCCAACAUCGCGAAGCCCUUCCAUGCUGGUCACCUGCGGAGUACCAUUAUCGGUGGUUUCCUGGCCAACCUGUACACGGUCGUUGGAUGGGAUGUCACUAAGAUGAACUAUCUCGGUGACUGGGGUAAGCAGUAUGGUCUGCUGGCGAACGGAUACAAGAUGUUUGGUGAUGAGCAGAAGCUGCUGAAGGAUCCCAUCAACCAUCUGUUUGAUGUCUACGUCAAGAUCAACGCUAUUGUCUCGGAGCAGGAUGGCCCCAUCAAGGAGCUGAAGGAGCAGGUCAAGGCAAAGAAGGAGAAGGGAGAGGAUGCGGCAGAGCUUGAGGCCGAACUAGCCAAGCUUGUUGAUGCUAGCGAAGACGAGAAGGCUCGUCGAUACUUCAAGAGCAUGGAGGACGGUGACGCAGAUGCUCUGGCCUUAUGGCGCCGGUUCCGUGACCUCAGUAUCCAAAAGUAUAAGCAAACCUACGCCCGCCUGAACAUCGAUUUCGAUGUGUACUCUGGCGAGUCUCAGAUUAAGCAGGAGAGCAUGUCCAAGGCCAACGAAACCCUGCAGUCAAGUGGGGUUUCGGAGUCGUCCGAGGGCGCUGUCAUUGUCGACUUUGUCAAGCACGGAGCUAAAAAGCUUGGCAAGGCUAUUAUUGUCCGCAAGGACGGUACGCCUCUGUACCUGACCCGUGAUAUUGGUGCUAUCCUCGAGCGUGAGGAAGCUUACCACUUCGACAAGAUGAUUUACGUCGUCGCUGCUCAGCAAGAUCUCCACUUGGCCCAGUUGUUCAAGAUCACGGAGCUUAUGGGCUACAAGGACCUGGCCAGCCGAUGCCAGCAUAUCAAUUUCGGUAUGGUCCGUGGGAUGAGUACUCGCAAGGGUACCGUGAAGUUCUUGGACGAUAUCCUCCGCGAUGUCGCAGAUAAGAUGCACGAAGUCAUGAAGAAGAACCCUGAGAAAUACGAGCAAAUCGAGAACCCAGAGGAGACCGCCGAUACCCUGGGUAUCACCUCUGUCAUGGUCCAGGACAUGUCUGGAAAGCGUAUCAACGGCUACGACUUCAACCUCGAGGCCAUGACCUCAUUCGAAGGAGACACUGGUCCUUACCUGCAAUAUGCCCACGCCCGUCUCUGCUCCAUUGUCCGCAAGGCAGAGUUGAACGUCGAGGAGCUCCCCUCCGCCAACCUCGACCUCCUCACCGAGACCCACGCCACCGACCUCGUCCGCUUGCUGUCACAGUGGCCUGAUGUUGUUCUCAACACCCUCAAGACACUUGAACCCACCACCAUCCUCACCUACCUCUUCCGCAUGACGCACAUCCUGAGCUCAGGAUACGACACACUCCGAAUUGUGGGUAGCGAGCCCGAGGUUAAGAAGGCCCGUCUGGCGCUGUACGAGUCGGCCCGGCAAGUCCUGCAUAACGGCAUGCGGAUUCUCGGUCUCACCCCUGUUCGCCGAAUGUAA